AUGGCCUCAUUCCUCACAACAUUGCUCGCCUGCCCGCUAGCAUUGCUAUCCAUCUACGCCGGCCAGAAAUCGUAUCACGCAAUCAUGAAUCUGCACAGUGACCAAGAUCGCGCCGAAAAGGCCGCAGAGCACUCCAACAAAGCGGCGCGCGAGCUGUGGCGCAUAAGGCUCACCCAGGCAGGCGGGGCUGCUACGGUACUCUUGUCGCUCGUUAGCACCCUCGCACUUGUCUUUCUGAGUGCCGCCCCAGAAUUGUUGGCGUCGGUCAAUGUAGCAGCUGAGAUUUCUGCGUCCUUGUAUAUUUCUGGGUACUGGAGGGCUAAAGCUCAAGUGCCCUUUAUGACCGAGUACAACGAGGCUAUCAGGAGGAGUAAUGACUUGAGGAGGUUGUUGAUCGCUUUGAGUGCUGGGCAGAUGGUCAAUCCCGAAACACGUCAUGUGAAUGAGAAGGCGGAUGACCUCCCUCUAGGUCGACAAGUGGCAACUGUCUCUGCCAAUGCUGAAAUCUUAACGCAACAGUCUACGUCGAUCUCGGCAACUGUCCAUGAUAUAGCCGACUAUACGAGGGGAACCGCCAGCUUCGAUUAUGAGCAGCAUGGCUUUCAGGUCAUCUCGAUCCAACACAAAAGCAAGAUGAGACAUGUAGAGAGGGACACCCAGAUACCGGUCAGUGGUUCCUUCAAAGCCGAAAGUUCCGAGUAUGGCUUGAAGGGCCAGCUCAGCAGACACCACGUCUUGAACAUCAUUGGCAUGUCGGGUGCUGGGAAGACUCCCCUCAUAUCCAGCGCAAUUAGAGCUGCCCAGUCGAUGGGAAGAGACCACCCUCAAAUCGCCGCCACUUACUUUUCUUGUUCUUUUAACGAAGCCGCUUCCCAGGAUCCCGCCCAUAUGGUUGGCUCGUUCAUAUCCCAGGUCCCAACUGUAUGUCCGAACAUGCUGGAAGGGUUGGAGGUGGGGUUUGGGAGAAGAGAGCGACCUACCCUUCAAGAUCUGGAACAACGACUCACGUCCCAAACUGCGCGCUCCCCAUUGAAGAUACUUCUCCUUAUAGACGCUGUCAACGAGUGCAAGAAAAUCGAGCCAAUGAUCGAUACCUUGCUCAGACUUGCCGAGUCUGCGUCUGACAUCCGUGUGCUUUUCACAAGAACUGAGGAAGAUCCUCUUAUAACGACAUUGAUUGACCUUGAGCCCCCGAAAGCAACGGCCCUUGAGAUGUCAGCAUUGAGUGCAGAUAUCGAUCUCUUCAUCGAAGCCAACAUUAAAGAGAAAAGGAUCUGCAACGAUUGCCUCCAGAAAUGA